AUGCAUCGUUCCAGCAAUUCAAAGUCUUCAAAGGGCCCCCACAACCGGUCGUCCAGCAGCAGUUCGGGAACUGGAAGCAUUUUCUCAAACUUGAAGAAGCUGACCACUGGCAACAGCGGUAACAAUGGCGAAAAAGACCACAGCAAUCAGAAAUUCGACAUCUCGGACAUUUCGUCGCCCAGCAAAAUAUCCCUGCCUACCACUGGCGAGUUCACCCACAAGCCUCUAAGCAAGCAACCGACCUUAAACCUGGCGAGCCUGUCAUCAUACACAGACGUCGGAAGCUCUCAUAACAGGUCGUCAUCUAAUGUCUCCGUGGGGUCCCCUACCAAGUAUUCUUACUCUCGAAGAGCUUCUCAAUGGUCCAAUAACGGGCCUGCCGGGAACGCCAAUGGGCCUAGACUCUCUCGCCAGCAGACAAGCCAGAGCUUAUCAUCUGCGAGCGUGUUCUCACAAGGCUCUUACUCGAAUCUUUCCAAAUUCAUGGGCUCAGAUGGCUCUAUACGUCUAGAGAAGCCACGAGACCCACGUGAAAUUGAGGAACUCUUCGAAGAAGUUCUGUAUAAACGGAACGUCUACCAAAGUCUGCCGCCAGCAGCUCAAAAAGAGCUCAAUGGCUACGAUCUGGACAAGAAAUGGCUGAUGGUAAAACAGGACUUACAGUCCGAGCUGAAAAAACUCAUGAACAAAAAAAAUAGCGGCAGGUCGUCCGCUGCUUCCACAAUUAACCCAACCGUCGCUAACACCGACUCUUUUUCGCCAUCAAACCCCAAUCCUGCAAAGUCUGUCUCCAUCGAUGAAAGUCUGGCAGGUCAGGACCGUUCUAAACCAUCUAUCUCUAACGUGAACGACCAAUUUUACGGCGCCAAAAACGGGAAUUCGAGUACUAAUACUCUAUCUCAAGAUCCUUCUCACCUUUCACCAGAUUACUAUGUGAGGAAAAUAAUAUGCAACGACAUUUCUGCCAAGAGACUGAAUGACUUGUGGGUCUCACUGCGAACAGAGCAAUUAGAUUGGGUUCUUGGUUUUUUGGACGCUCAAGGUCAAGUGGCCAUCGCAAAUGUGAUCACCAAAACGUGUUAUAGAGAGACUCCCGAGAACCUUUUGAGUGACGAAGUUCUUGACAAGGAAUUUGCCUACUUCAAAUGCUUAAAAACAAGUUUAAACUUAAAGGAAGGUGCUGAUGAAGCUGUGCUGUCUAAUAGUGCCAGAAUUAUUAUUUCUGCCAUUGUAGAGGGAUUGCUAUCGUUACGUGUUGCAACGAGGCGAAUAGCCUCAGAGCUGCUACUUUCAUUGAGCCAAUGGGCCGUUCCCGGUGGCUUCAAUCACAUCAUGAAUUCUCUGGAAGAAGAAUCUCGAUUUUGUGAUAACGUUCAUUUACAAGCUCGUCUACUCACGAAGUCCCCAAAUAAAAAAGGCUCAGUCGAUCAACAUGCCGAUGAAGAUGGUAAUCGAAUCAUGAAAAAGAUGGAACAAUGGAUGCUUGUUGUUGAGUUCACGCUGGAUGGUAGAGGCAAAAUGGGUUCUUUGGUCGGUGCAUCAGACGACUAUAAAACCUCAGGCGGAGAGAACGCUAUCAUGGAGUAUGCAUACCUGACAAUCCUUCUUAUAAACCAUCUCUGCAAAACCUCAUUUGAUGUUAAACAGAGGACGCUUGUUCGCUCCCGUCUAAAGAACGCAGGGCUUUCCAGGAUCAUCAAUAAGAUGAAGUUGCUCAAUUACGAAAAGGUUGAUCAACAAUUGACUAUUUUCGAAGACUGCACUGCGGACGAUUUUGAUGCGCUGUAUGCACAAAACUCUGAUAUCGAGGGAGUCGAUAUGAAAGAUCCAGUUUCCUUAGUGCAAAGCCUUUGGAACCUUUGCAAAGGCUCCGAAGGAGAGCAACAUUUAACUUCAUUACUACAAAAUCUUUUGAUAAGCGCAGGGGAACUAGGGGUCAAAAGUAGCGAGAACUCCACUCAAAGUGCCAAACAAUUAAAGCUGGUCGAUGCUCUUAUCUCGAACGUCUCAUUAGCUUCGGUAGACGCACAAUCUUCCUUCAACAGUGCUCUGCAGAGACUUUACGAUGCAAUGCAAACGGACGAAACCGCAAGGCGAGCAAUUCUGGAGAACAGGGACUGGGUGAAACGCUACGAAGAGAUCAAAGCUGAACGCGAUAGUUUACAAACCAAAUUAGCAGAUGCAGAAGAUGGUCUUGUUGGCCAACUACAGGAAGAACUGAAGCAGAGAGAUCGUAUUCUAGAGAAAGGCCAACGAGUCACAUUUCAGCUUCAACAGGAGCUUGGCGAGCUGAAAAAGAAACUCAUCUUGGCCAAACAUCAGCAUGAAGUUGAACUUAGGAAGACCCUUACAGCUUUGAACUCCCAGCCGCAGAAUGAGACUGCAGAAGCAGUUGUGAUCAGCAAUGGCCCACCAAAGCCUCUGAAAUCGGAAAGAAAGAUGGCGAUACAAAAGGCUUUACAAGCUAAGCUAGAAUUGACAUCUCAAGAGAUCAGUGUUGAAUCCAGCAAACAGGAAUUUUCUGUCAAGCCUAACAAGAGAUUAAGGCUCUUGCGCUCUCGUAUGGAAGACAUUGAAAAUCAAGCGCGAGAACUAGAGAUGACCAAUUUCUCGGAGUAUCGCAACGAAAACGAGAAGGAAAUAACAGAAGAACCCCUACAACCGACGGAGGUCGCUGAGACAGCUCCAUCGAGCUCGCAGAAUUCAGUAGCAAAGCUUCAGGAGCUUCGCAGCAAGUUAGCGUUGCUCCAAGAGGAAAGUAAUGAUAUUUCCAAGUUUAAUGUUGAAGGCAGGAUGAAUGAGAUUUUGGUCGACCACAGGUCUGCUGCUCUAGACCGACUAAAGAAGCUCGAAAACGAUUACAAGGACUUCGGGAUAAGCUUUGAUCAAAAUGCUCCAGAUGACCUCCCAAACCUGGAUACCCUUCCUGCUUCGAAACAAGGACUAAGAACUCUGGAUCCUAAGGAAAUCAAAAACAUAAAUGAGGAGGUAUCCACGAUCCUUACCGACCUAGAUGCCUUGAAGGCAAAGGGCCCAUUACGUGACAGUGCUACUUCGGAGCCUACUUCGACCUCAGAGUCGUCUGAGGAUGAGAAAGAAGUAUCGACAGCUGAGAGUAAUGAGGCACCAUCCGCCUCCUUUCUGGAAGGACUUUCACAGAAAUACGGCACUGGUUUGGCGACCAACUCCAACUAUCGUUCUGCCAACUCGGCGAGAGAUUCGACAUAUCCUGGGAGCGGGUAUCACAGGAAAUCGUUUAUCAAUCGCGUCAAAAGAUCGGAUGCAAUACCAUACUUGAAUGAACUAUCUGGUAGAUUUGGGACGACGGGCACAUCAACAGAUGAGUCCAACAGACCCCAGGAAAACAAUGCGAAGCUCGGUAUCGGCAUCUUGGUCAAUGAGAAACCUCUUUCAACUAUCAAUGAUCAGUCAAAGGAGAUUCACUCAUCGAUCAAUGUUGCUUAUAACACUACUGACUCAAAUAUUCUUGAUCAUGCUUCCAACCGUAGAGUCAAGAGUGGGGAGCAAACUGAGGAGAUGGAUGGCAAAGUCAGUCAUACCAAAACAGUUCUGCUGUCAUCAUCAUCACCAUCGUCACCAUUACCAUCAGCACCACAUUUGCAUCCACAAACAGAAUCACAAACAGAAUCACAAACAGAAUCACAAGCAGAAUCACAAGCAGAAUCACAAACAGAAUCACAAACAGCAUCAAGAAUACAAUCACUUCCUCCCUCACCACCGCCUCUCCCCCCACAGCUGUUUGCGAAACAGACUAAUUCACUCACCAAUAAUCCGAUUAAGAAUGAACAUUCCAGCACAGCAACCUCUAAAGCCGCCGCCACUUCGUCCAAUAUACCACCACCUCCUCCAUUUCCUCCUUCAAUGACACCUACGGGUUCUCGAGGCUCAACUCCUCCUCCUCCUCCUCCACCACCUCCACCACCUUUUCCCGCAAACGCCAGUAAAUUCUCUUCCAAUGGUCCACCCGCUCCUCCUCCUCCCCCUCCCCCGCCACCUUUCGGCAGUAUUUCAGGAAAGACAAAAAGCGUUCCCCCUUCGCCUCUGCUUCCACAGUCUCCAUCGCUAUUUGAGAAUUAUCCUCGUCCGACAAAAAGACUCAAGCAGCUACACUGGGAGAAGAUUGAUGAUGCCGAGGACUCUAUUUGGAAAAAUGCAAAAGCUGAAAAGUUCGCGGACGAUCUAUAUGAGAAGGGCGUUUUAUCUAGAUUAGAGAAGGCGUUCGCUGCAAGAGAAAUCAAAUCGCUGGCUAGCAGAAAGAAAAAUGACUCUGACAAAAUUUCUUUCCUAUCAAGAGAUAUAUCACAGCAGUUUGGUAUUAAUCUACACAUGUUUUCGUCACUGACGGUUGAAGAAGUGGUUACAAAAGUUCUUAGAUGUGACAGAGACUUUCUAGCCACCCCAAGUGUCAUUGACUUCUUAUCAAAGCAAGAGAUUGUUGAAGUCUCGAACAAUCUAGCAAGAAACUUUGCUCCUUACACUGUCGACUGGGAAGGGGUCAAGAACGUUGAUGAGUCGAAGCCACCAGAAAAGGAUCCCUCGGAGCUCCAAAGAGCUGACCAAAUUUAUCUGGAGCUCUUUGUCAAUCUCCAAAGCUAUUGGUCCUCUCGCAUGCGUGCAGUUAAGGUCAUAACAACUUAUGAAAAAGAUUACAGUGAACUGGUGGAGAAAUUGAGAAUGAUCGACAAGGCUACAUGUUCCAUUCAACAGUCUGACAGCUUGCGUAACAUCCUAGACAUUAUCUUGGCGGUUGGGAAUUUCAUGAAUGAUUCCUCGAAACAGGCGCAAGGGUUUCGGCUUGCCACACUACAGAGGCUCACUUUCAUCAAAGAUGACAAAAAUAGCAUGACAUUUCUACAUUACGUGGAAAAGAUUGUAAGGGAAACAUAUCCUGCGUUCAAUGAAUUUAUCAAAGAGCUUGAGCCCGUGGCUGCGGCAGUCAAAAUCUCGAUUGAGCAAGUGGCACAAGAAUGCAAAGAAUUCUCUCAAGCAAUCAUCAAUGUAGAGAGGUCAAUUGACAUCGGCAAUCUCAGCGAUCCUGUCAAAUUCCAUCCACAUGACAGAGUACUGAUGAAGGUCCUACCGGUUCUUCCGGAGGCAAAGAAGAAAGGAGAGUUACUAGUGGACGAAAUGAAGUUGACGCUUCUGGAGUUUGAUAACCUGAUGAAACUGUUCGGUGAAGACCCAGUUGACAAAUUCUCUAGGAACUCAUUUUUCAAGAAAUUUGCGGAUUUCUUGCUGGAGUACAAGAAAGCUCAAGCGUUCAAUCUAAAAAUGGAGGAAGAGGAGAGGGCUUACGAACGGAGAAAAAAGAUGGUUGAGGAACAACAGAAAAGAGCAGACGAAAAAUUGAAUCAAAACGACGCACGAAAUAUCGAAACUGGGGACCGUCCCGCUGCAGGUGGAGACAGAGACGUUAUGGACAAACUUUUGGAGAAACUGAAGAGUGCAGGUCCUACAAAGAACGAUCCUUCUUCUGCGCGUAAACGAGCCGAGGCUCGCAAGAAGCUUCUGCAAGGCGGGUCUCAAAAUGGAACUAUUUUAGACAAUUUUGACGCAGAUGGCGCAAACGGCAGGCUUUUUUCACCCCCUCACCACGGCGGUGAUAUAGCAGAAGAGAACGAACUUCAAGCGUCACCAACUCCCGAUCCCAAAAUGGAGAAACUCAUAUCCGACGAUGCCCCAGACUUUUCUCAGAGCAGAGCAAGAGAUCUUCUACUCGAGCUAAGAGGAGCCGAAUCACCCGCUAGCAAGACCGCCGUUGCAGAUCACAGAAAGUCGCGCUUGAAAGCAAGAAGGAACAAAGAUAGCGUUGACCUCACAUCCACCUCCGAAAACAGAUUGAAAUUUGUCGCCUCGAAAACUGGCGAAACACAGGAGGAAGAGACCUUGCUCACUGGAUCUACUCCUUCUGCAAAACAAGAGAUUAGCGAUUUAGGUCAUGGUGUAACGCAGGCUGCCUCGAAAAGCGAGCCACCGACAGAGGUUAAAAAUGGUAUAGACACCAAUAAUGGUGACCAAGCUCAUCUCAGAAAACUCUUGACAAUGGACAAAUCCGAAUUGAGGGAAAGCGAGAAUACUUCAGAUUCUGACAGUGCAGAAUAUUUAGAUGCAUAA